AUGGCAGAGUAUCAGACUAUAGAAGACAGGGAUCUCUGCUUCCCACAGAAGGAUGGCAUCACUUCCAGUUUCAGGACUGUAGUUCCGAGCAGGAGACACAGUGCUGAUGGGACCAGCAGUUCAGGAGCAGGACCACCAGAACGAGGUCAAGCUGACCGUUUCCACCCAUACCAUCGACAGGUCAGUGAUGGAGCAGUGGGCGCCUCGGGCUGUGUCCAACAGUGCUCCUCGUCCUUUAACAGUCUGGAAAAAGUGUCCAUCCCUGACACAACCUGGGAGCAACGCAAUGGCAGCAAUCAAGGUUCAUUCUCAGAGCUUCCAGCUGUAACCAUAGAGACCUCAAGCUUUCUGUCUCAGAAUUUUCCGGCAUUCAACUCCAUGAGCCCUCGGCAGCAGAGUGUCUCCACACAAUCCCACCAAGAAAACAGCACACAACUCCUCUUUCCUAAGCCCAUUUACUCAUACAGCAUCUUGAUUUUCAUGGCUCUAAGGAACAGCAAAACAGGGAGUCUGCCUGUCAGUGAGAUCUACAGCUUCAUGACUGAACACUUUCCAUAUUUUAAGACAGCUCCCGAUGGAUGGAAGAACUCUGUCCGACACAAUCUUUCCCUCAACAAAUGUUUUGAGAAAGUUGAGAACAAAAAUGGGAGCACUUCUCGCAAAGGCUGUCUUUGGGCUCUGAAUCCAGCCAAGGUGGAGAAGAUGCAGGAGGAGCUGCAUAAGUGGCGCCGCAAAGACCCUCUGACAGUUCGCAGGAGCAUGGCGAGGCCAGAAGACUUUGACCACCUGUUGGGAGAGAAGCCAGAAAAACUAAGAUCUUUGCCGCCAUACACUUCGUCAUCCAGAGUGAACCCAACCUACAGCGCUGCUUGUGCUCCCACCCAACUUCAAGCGGUGUGUCACCCCACUCGGUGUUCACACCACACCCACGUCCAGCCUCAGCUGCCCUACUACCUUCCCCCCGCGGCGCCUCGCCCCGCCCACUCAUUUGGUCCGUACUCCCCUGGACAGCAGUCUCCUUCCGGGAUCAAAGCAGCCACAGGAAGUCUGGACUCGCCACUGGCCGGGAAGAUGCCACCGGUCCACUGUGCUGCCCUGCAGACUGAGUACAGCGCUGACCCGAGGGGCAUGAGGGACAUGCUGCUGGACGGAGACACGAGUUAUGACAUCGACACGCUCAACCCCACUCUGACUGACCUGCAGCUGCAAAGUAACCUGUGGGAGCAGUUAAGAGAGGACAGCCUGGUGUCCGAACCGCACGUUUCGACCACAACCUCCUCUGCUUCUUUUUUCCUGCAGAACCACGACCUGGCGUCCAGCUGCCUCCACGUCCCGGCUGCUUUCAGCAGCAUCUCGGCAGGGUCCGUUAGCGGAUGCUGUAAGGCAGCACACGAGGACGAGAACGUCAACAAAAGCUGUUUGAGCGGACUGUAUCCUGUAGCUUAUCCGGAAGUAGACUGUAUGGCAGGCUACCUGACCUCCUACACCACAUCUGCAUCCUAA